AUGGGAUACGCAUAUAACAAUAAAAGAAGAAACAAAAACCUGAGCUGCUCCGAUGUUGGUUAUUAUUUAAAAGGAAAAAAUCCCCACAAAAAUAGCACAGAAAAUAAAUCAGUCGAAUUGUAUGAUCAAAAUGUUCCUUAUGGAGGCACGUUCCACACACAUAACGAUAGGCUGCUUGGAGGACAAGGAAUGGGGAAUUUUUACAGAAGGAUGGACAGGAGGACAAACCAUACAUACAGUUAUUGUAGAGAGGAUGGCCCAAGAAGGAAUGCUGGAGACGUUACUUACGUCUUUUACGAGCCACUCAAGUAUCCUGCCUUUAAGAUGGCAGAUAGGCGAAGUGAGGGAGACGCCCAAAAUGGUGAUGUGCAGGAAGAAGCCACAAAGGGGAAGGAACGAGACACAUUCAAAGAGGAUAAAGUAGUACCCCCUGUGGAUGACCAAAAGGGAGAAAGCUGUGAACAACACAAACAGGUUAGUAUCACCACUACGAACUUAACCCGUGUAUGGAGGACGAAGAAGGAAGGGGAAGGCAGCUCGGGGGAAAACGCACAUGUGGGGAAACUGCGAAGGGAGGAAAGGCAAGCAGAUGGAAAAAUGGACCACUUCAAUACAAACGCCGCGCAAAUGGAGGAGCAAGCGAACACACCGUCCUCUGCCGCAGCGUGUGAUAUCUCCCCCAGCAGAAGGAAGAGAGAAAAACAAAAUUUCUUCAUCCCCAUAACACUGCCAACACUACCUAAACACCCAAGUCAAAUCACCAACGAAGUGAAAUUUAUUUUACACAUGACCAUCUUAACCCUCUACAAAGACCAGAUCAAACCUACAUACAAAAAGAUUAAAGAGCGACUAGGAACUGUUCAUCAUCAGAAUGAAGAACUUAAAAAUAAUUUUAUGGAAAUAUGUUUGUCUCUUCAAAAUGAGUACCUGGUUGUGAAGUCUAAGAGGAAUCAUAUUUUUAUUUUGUUGAGGGAGACUCCUAAAUGGUUUAGUGGUUGGAUCAAGACACGAAGCUUUACCAAUCCCUAUCCUCAAAUAAUGUGGAGGAAGUUCGCUCGACAUCUUCUGCAUGUAUGCAGGGCGGGUGCUGGAGGGGGCAGUCAGGCUUCCUCGCAAAGUCAGCUUACUCUACAAUUUGCUAAACAUUUGUGUAGAAAGGGGCACUUGUUUUUUCAUAAUGCGAACACUCUGGAAGGGGCCCUCGGUUUGUUUAAACAGGAUAGUCCCACAUAUGGCACAUUUGAGCAUGAUUCAAUUCCACCCUGUACUGCUCUACAUGGUGAACCUCUUGGCUUCGCCAGAAGACUCUUCACUUUCAACCUCCUCCACAACAGCUUCUCCUACUUCUCUCGCGUAAAUGACGCUGCCGUGCGCAUGGUCGAGAGCUCGCUCGUCGCUCUGUACCAGUCCAUUUUAGCCGACGAGGGGAACAAGGCGGCCAGUAAUGGGGGGAGGAGCAGUGAAGAGGCGAGCAGAAGCAGCGAUUCACCUGUCGCAUCGGCACCCCCCUGGGAACUGGACAACGACAUAUACAAAGCGGCAGAUGCACUGAAGAAGAGGGGCCUCCCUUUUUUCAGAGACUACUCGGUAGGAAAAGUAGCACAUAUAGUUCAGCUCGGCCUGUACGGAGGCCUGCUCCACGAGGAGGGUCAGGCGAUCAAGCCCGCCUCCUGCUGCAGGGGCGUCGCCGCGUCGGUUUGGGGGGGGCCCCCAUGUAGCAGCAACAUGAGCAGUCAAAUUAGCAGCACACUUAGCGGCCACGUGGACAACCCCCAAAAGAUGAACUUCCGCUUCGUCGAACGGCAAGGCCCCCCGAGGGAAGACACAACCGGGGCACAGACCAAGGAAGCGCCCUAUAUGCGAAUCUUCAAAAGGGACACGCAAGGGAAUGACCAUAACGCAGUUUGCAGUGACGCCCAUUUUUUGUUUCAAAACGGGGCAGGCAGCUCCAAAGCGGGAAUGCCCGAAAGAGGAGUCCCCCUAGUACCUACCGCCGAAGAUGCUAAAGAGAAAAUAAAACAGCUGCUAAAAGGAAGUAAAGAAAAAAUAAUAUACUUUUGCUCAUUUAAAGAUAAUUUUUUUAAAAGGUUUGAACAAGUCAUAAGUCCUGUCCACUUCAAAUGUCGCAGUUUAAUUGAGUUCCUUUUUUUUCACUGCCAAGAUGUGUGCAAGCUAUUUCUCCUGAACAGCAAUAUCAUUUUAGUGAACCCUAGCUACGAUGAGCAAUCUGUAAUGGCUAUUGUGAGAGAGCAGAAGGAGAAGGAGGAGGAAGAGGAGGAGGAUGCAGAUGGGGAUGAAAAUGUAAUUGAGCAGUUUAAUUACGCAGACUACGUCUCCACUGUGUCGUAUGCUAAGAACAACGCUAAUAACAACGCUCAUAACAGCGCGCAGACCCAACAGGGGGGGCGUCUUCAAAUCUGUGCAGCGAUGAAGGACCUGGGGAUGAGGAAGAACGACAGUUUCUUUAUUACCUUUUCCUUUUGGAAAUGUGCAGCGGCAAAGGGAAAAGCGCCCACGCGGUGA